AUUCAAUUUAAACAAACGAAUAACGUGCAUGUGCACUUCAUGGAUAUUCAAGGUUUUACACGUCACACUUAUUUGUUUGUUGCUGAAAUAAUAAUAAUAAUAAGUGCUUGUUAAAUAAACACUUUUGUCAAAUUGUCAGGCCUAUUGUUACCCUAUCAAUCCGAGUGAAUCAACAUGUUUUUGGGGGAUAUUUUUCCUAAUUUUACAGCCAAUACUACAGAAGGAGAAAUAAGUUUUCACGAUUGGUUAGGCGAUUCAUGGGCUAUAUUGUUCUCGCAUCCAUCGGAUUUCACGCCCGUGUGCACAACGGAACUAGCUCGAGUAAUCAAAUUGUAUCCUGAGUUCACACGUCGAAAUGUGAAAGUUAUUGGAUUGUCUUGUGACUCCAUCACAUCACACCAUGAAUGGUGCAAGGAUAUUAAAUUCUAUGCCGGUUGCAGUGAGGAUGAGAAAUUCCCUUAUCCUAUAAUUGAAGACUCUGACCGCAAAUUAGCCACUCAGUUAGGCAUGAUAGACAAAGAUGAGCUGGAUGUCGCAGGGAUGCCAUUGACUGCGCGUGCUGUCUUUAUUGUUGACCCAAACAAGAAGUUCCGGCUCUCUAUUCUGUAUCCUGCUACCACUGGCAGGAACUUUGAUGAGAUUCUACGUAUCCUAGACUCGUUACAAUUGACUGACAAAGCCAAAGUUGCUACUCCUGUGGAUUGGAAGAUGGGUGAUGACUGCAUGGUGCUUCCGACUGUUCCCGAGGAUAAGGUGAGUGAGGUGUUUCCUGACGGAGUGACCGUGGUUGACCUGCCUUCUGGCAAGAACUAUAUACGCAAGACACCCUGCCCGAAGAUGUAGCCUGGGCUAGUGCACCUCUCUGUUUGGCUCACUAUUGUUAUUUGAGGUUUAUGUUUAAUUUCGUGGACAAAAUUGUUUAAAAUAACUGUUAAAUUUUAAAUGAACUUUUUACAAUAAAAGGAAUAUAUUCACAUUU